GCCUGAGGCCGCCAGCUUGUCGUGCCCAGAACUCCAUCCCCCGCCGGCCCCCGCGGCGUAGGCCAUCGCCUCUUCCUGUUUCGGGGACCGGUAGCCGGGUGGCAGCGAAUUGUGAGGAUCUGAGGAGGGAUCCUAGCCUUCUCUCCCAGUUCUCCGAGGUUGAGGGUUCGGCCGGCUCAGGGCUAACUUCCUCAGUGCUUAGAAUCUGAAAAAAAUGACAAAUGUGGAUGAUAGGCAUCACCUCAUCUCUGAAGCAGAUCAUGAAGUAAAUCCUGGACCAAUGAAUAUCCAGUUUGAUUCAUCAGACCUAAGAUCCAAAAGGCCUUUCUAUAUAGAACCCACAAACAUCGUCAGUGUGAAUGAUGUCAUUCAGAGGGUUAGUGACCAUGCUUCUGCCAUGAACAAGAGGAUUCAUUACUACAGCAGACUUUCUACUCCUGCAGACAAGGCACUGGUAAGAAGAAAAGCAUUACUAAUUAUCCAAAGUUCAUUGGAUACCACUACCUGGGAAUAUCCAGAUGUCUGCAGACACUAUUUUGGUUCCUUUGGCCAGUGGUCAAGUCUCCUUUGCUCCUUGGUGUCUCUCAUUGGAGCAAUGAUAGUUUAUUGGGUGCUUAUGUCUAAUUUUCUCUUUAAUACUGGAAAGUUUAUAUUUAAUUUUAUUCACCACAUUAAUGACACAGACACUAUACUGAGAACCAAUAAUAGCAGCCCUGUGAUUUGUCCAAGUGCUGGGAGUGGAAGCCAUCCUGACAAUGACUCCAUGAUUUUCUACACCAAUGACACAGGAGUCCAGCAGUUUGAAAAGUGGUGGAAUAGGUCCAAGACAGUACCCUUUUACCUUAUAGGGCUCCUCCUGCCGCUGCUCAAUUUCAAAUCUCCUUCGUUUUUCUCAAAAUUUAAUAUCCUAGGCACAGUAUCCGUUCUCUAUUUGAUUUUUAUUGUCACUUUGAAGGCCAUUCGCUUGGGAUUUCAUUUGGAAUUUCACUGGUUUGUGCCAACAGAAUUUUUUGUACCAGAGAUAAGAUUUCAGUUUCCACAGCUGACUGGAGUUCUUACCCUUGCUUUCUUUAUUCAUAAUUGUAUUAUUACACUCCUGAAAAACAAUAAGAAUCAAGAAAACAAUGUGAGAGACCUAUGCAUUGCUUAUAUGCUGGUGACAUUAACUUACCUUUAUAUUGGAGUCCUGGUUUUUGCUUCAUUUCCUUCACCUCCAUUAUCCAAAGAUUGCAUUGAGCAGAAUUUUUUAGAUAACUUCCCUAGCAGUGACAUCCUGUCCUUCAUUGCAAGGAUAUUUCUGCUGUUCCAGAUGAUGACUGUCUACCCGCUCUUAGGCUACUUGGCUCGUGUCCAGCUGUUGGGCCAUAUCUUCGGUGACAUUUAUCCUAGCAUUUUCCACGUGCUCAUUCUUAAUAUAAUUAUUGUGGGAGCUGGCGUGAUCAUGGCCGCUUUCUACCCAAACAUAGGAGGAAUCAUAAGAUAUUCAGGAGCAGCAUGUGGCCUGGCUUUUGUUUUCAUAUAUCCAUCUCUCAUCUAUAUAAUUUCCCUCCACCAGGAAGAACGUCUGACAUGGCCUAAAUUAAUUUUGCACAUUUUCAUCAUCAUUUUGGGCCUGGCUAACCUAAUUGCUCAGUUUUUUAUGUGAAAACUUUUCUCAAGAUCUUUCAUGGUAUUUUGAGCCUUGUCAGUACUCCUACAUAAACUCAAUUAUAAAUGCUGAUAUUGCUGCAAUUCUAAAUGUUUUUCUAAGAUAACUUGAAAGCAAAGGAAAUAGCCAGCCAUCGAUAAGUAUUUUUUUAUUAGAGUGGGAAAAAAGGGCAAUAAGAAUGAUUUUAGUCUCUACCUUUCUUGUAUUCACUCACGUCUUUGUUCUCAUUUGUCUCUUCUGUGUAGAAAUGUGGGAAAAAUCAUAGUGGCCUUUGCUUUUAGAAACAAAGUAGAUGGAUUUAUUUUGGCUACAAUAAGGAAUCUCAGGGUGUCAUGGCAGCUUAUUGCUAGAUGGUAUUUCUGUUUUAUGUUUCAGUGUACUUCUAUUGUUUUACUUGCUAGGCCGUAUCUAUAGAUUGCCCAAACCUCUGCUGUUUGGAACAGAAAACCAAACCAAAUACCUCAUAUUUAGUUUCCAAGGCAUCAGGGUUCAUAGAAUGAAUUCUUAAACUGAAUCUUUAAUUUGUUUAAGAACAAAAUUUGAAAACAGUAUUAGCAUGGGCUUUAUGAUCAGAAAUGUAUGUAAAAUAAAGUAGAGUUUAUUGCUGUCUGACUCCUCUUU